AUGCGGGAGAUCUUUAGAAAGCGCUGGUUCGAGAAUGGGCGAGCCUGGCAGUUUCUGACUGCAGAGCAGACAGAUUUCUAUUGGGAGGAAUUUAAGAAGGAAUACUGGUGGGAUACGGCGGAUUACAACGACGACGUCAUCAAAAGUGUAUUCAUGACGUAUGGUGCCAAUCGAUACAAGGACGUUAUUCACAGGAUGAGAGAGAAGGACAAAAAACAUACCUCGAUCAGCCAAGAUAUCUGGGAUUCCUGGAAGGCCUUCUGGGCGUCAGAGGACGAGAAGAAGAAGUCUGAUGUAGCUCGCGCUAAUCGGAUGAGCGAGCCUGCUGGAGCCGGUUCUGGACCAGUACGCCAUACAGGGGGAUCUCGUUCCACAAUCCGACAUAUGGAUGUGUUGGCUGAAGAGCUCGGCCGCAAGCCUACCGCAACGGAGCUGUAUACUCGGAUGCACUCCACUAAAGCUGAUAAGGGUGUCAUGGUCGACAAGAGGGCCCAGGACAUGAGUGAUGCAAUUGCUCAGAGAGUUGCUGCUGCAUCGCAGCCGCCGACUAGAGAUGGUGGUUCUUCUAGCACAGCAGAAGUCGACGAGACCCAGCUAUUUCUGGAUAUCGAGGGCGUCAACAAGACGCGGCGUGUCUACUGGUUGGGUUCAGUGACUAGUGCGUACGUGGAUACGACGACGUCUACUAGGGCGAGGUCCAGGUCCACACAGUCACAGCGAACUGAGGAGGAGAUCGAGCGGCGUGUGCAGGCAGGGAUCCAGGAUGGACUGCGCCAGAUUACCACCGAGGUGUAG